AUGAAUACAACUAGCACUACAAUACAAUACAAUACAAUAAGUGGUUAUCUUUUUUGCUAUCAGCAUAUUCUUCUUGCAAAGAUGGCUAAUACAGCUCAAGUCGAACAUGAAAUAUCAUUAUUAGUUAAUUUUAUUCGUUCUAUUGGUAAACAAAAUUCAUCCACUGGCAAAUAUGAAACAACAUUUGGUGAUUUAUUUCGUAGUGAUGAAGUUCAAAAUACAUUUGAAAGUUUAGCUGGAACAUUAAAAGCUGCUAAACGUCGAAAAGUAAUUAGCUAUUCAUCAGAAUUACUUUUACAAGGUGUUCAUGAUAAAGAAUUAAUUACCUUAGAAACAAAAUGA